AAGCUGAAGCAGUGCUGUCAUUGAUUCAAGUAGUAACAGACCAGGCUGCUGAGCGGAAAGGCUGCAGAAGAGAGACGGAGAGAAAACAGUGUCUGUUUGAGCUACAGCAGAAGUCAGAGUAGAUUUGAUCUAAAGAUUAAAACAGGGGGAAAGCAGCUAAUCAUCUCUCUAUAUUCAGUCUGCUGGCACAAGUGAGCCUUCUUUGUUUGGCCAUCCCUGACAUGACCCUGUUCAAGAGUGAACAUCGCAGCCCUCAAUAUAUGAGCAUGACCGGAGAGCUGACAUCGAGCCGAGUGAAGACAGCAGGAACUAAGAGGCCGAGCGGAGCGGUGUACGGCAGAUCGGAGUAUGAAGUGGACUACGACUGCUAUCAGGAGGAUCUCUAUGACAGGGUGUAUGACUACCAGCGGGUGCCCUCAGCAAUGCCCCCGCUGGCACGCAGCUCUGGCCUGGCCAAGAGACCCCGCACGUCUUCCUCCCGGCAGAGACACAGCCGAGAGCGGUCUUCCUCCAGGAGCUCCCGUCCCCACUCGUCCAGAAGAGCCAAAUUGAAAAUGGAAGAGCUGCAGACUAUAAAGCGAGAGUUGACACUGAUAAAGGUUCAGAUUGAUGGACUGUUGGACAGUCUGGACAGGAUGGACAGACAAAGGCAGGAGCACACAGGUUCACCCUUUUCUGAGGGCGGAAGUUUGGGGGGCUCACCAUACCACCCAUCAGCCAGCAGUCGAGAGGGCUCCCCGAGAAGCCCGAAUCCUCACUGCCGAGCCCGGAGAGACAGCCCCGAGCUGGGGGAGGCCAGCGAUGAUGAUCCGCAUAUGAUACAUCAUCACAACUCUGACUUGGAGGAUGAAAUAUAAAGAGGCACUGCACAGACUGGACUCUGCUCAGUGAUAUAGCAAAAGCAGAAGGGUGCCCAACGCAGAAGAAGAGCACAUCUUAGAAAACAUCAGUCGCCAUGCUAACAGUUCCCAGGACAACACUUGCAACCAAAAUUUAUAAAAGCCUGCACCUCUUCACAAAGCAGCUGGCCCAUGAUUACGAGAGUUAUGUUUAUCUGCCCUUCAUCAUAACUACUGUGUGUAUGCAUUCAUCCUGUUUGCUGCCCUUAUUACAGUGACACCUAAAAGCAGUUAUGUCCAGUUAUGACCAUCUCAUUGAACUGCUGUCAUGUGAAUUUGAAUGCUUUAAUUCUCUUUUAGGGAAAUGGCUUCAUGUAUGAAAAAUGAAUCAGAAUGCCACUGGUAAUGUCAUGGGUAAUUACCACACAUUUUAAUAAGUCAUCUUCAUGUAAGUCUAAUACCUUAAAGUAAACCUUUCAUGUAAUACCCAUACUGAUUAUUUCAUAUGUGCCAGAUUUAAUCAAUCUCAAGGCAUAAUAUAUUGGAAAUGAUUAUUAUAUGUAUAUAUUUUAGAGGUGCAAAAGUAAUUAUAUCAUAAACAUAGAGAAAUCUUUGGGACACAACCCGAACACAACCACACUGAUGCUAAAAACUGCAAUAGUGCCAUAAUCAAGGCUGAGUUGAGGGGGAAAUUGUUUUCCUCUCUAAUGCUUCAAGAUGCACCUCGUGUGAAGAUAAAUAAGUCAUUCUUUUAACUGUGUUCUUUUUGAAGUAUGAGUUAAGACUGUCAGUUUUCUUGUUGCUCCAUCACCCCAAGUGUGACAUACCCUCUCACAAUUACAGUAUGGGCCCCUUAACAGUCCCCUUAAACUUCCUACAAUUUGUACUAUUCAUGAAACCAAGAUUCUUGGUGUCCUAUUUAUCUGUCAACUUGACUGUGUAUCAGCAUAUUUAUCUUUACAGCUAUAGUUGACCUGAAAAUCCUCUCUGCCAUAUGUAAGAUAAUGAAGGUACCUUAGCAACAACCAUACUCAUAUCAACACUAAUAAUACUGCCCAGUGCCAAAAUGCCCAUCAUGCUUCACUGUGAAUGCUUUAGAUUUUCUGUGAUUUUUUUUAUCCCUCCCCAAAAUGUUUUGCUUCAUGCUUCUCAUUGUAGAAGCAGAAUUUGCCCUGCAGGCAGUUUAUCCUACAGCAGAAAUCUCUCUCGAAAUGAGACUUACUAAUGAAUCUUCUUCUUCUGUGUACACGGUGCUUCAGCCAGAAAGAAAAGGUCUGGGUCAAUGUGUAAUAUUGUGUAAUAUUGUAAACUUUGUUUUAUGUGUUUCUUGCAGUCUGAUUUGACCUUGCAUUUUUGUUUAUUUUGUUUUUAUUUUUGAAAAGGAGAAGAAUAAAAGAAAUGUCUAAGACUAUUUCGCUAGGAUUCUGAUGCUGUUUGUUAGAAUCUAAUGGUUUCUUCUUUUACAUUCACAGGAAGCUGAGUAGAGACCAUACAUUGUCACAGUAGUAAAGGUAUUUUCAUAUUGAUUAAAAUGCCUCUGGGUGUUCUGUC